CUUGUGGAAUGAUUAUUUUUCUAUUAGUAGUUCCAUGCUAGAUUAAAAUGAUUUAGUGUUGGAUGCUACCAGUGUUUAGCACAAAGGUGUUCUCGUUUGCUUUUAUGAAUAAUAGAUAAAUUGCAGGUGAGAGGAUUGGUGAAGCAACAUUUGGACUCUUAUAAUUAUUUCAUUAGGACUGAGAUAAAAAAGAUUGUCAAAGCAAAUAAGGAAAUUAGAUCGACAGUUGACUCCCGUAUUUUUCUCAGGUGGGCCUUCAUUGUUGUUUCUUGAGUGGUCUUCAUAAAUAUGGCAACAUUCCCCCCCCCCCCCAAAUUUGUGAACCAGAUACUGUCAUGAUACCACAGUAACUAUUUCAUAAUUACAGGUACACAGAUGUUUGGAUAGGUAGACCAUCAGUUAUGAGUGAUGGUAGCGAAUUGACAUUGUUUCCACAUGAAUGUCGGCAAUCAGAUAAAACGUUAGUAACUAUUCUCAUUGUACUGGGGUCCUGGUGUGAGUUGUGUGAUUGUUGAUCGUGCUUUCCCUCUGGAGUUUGGAUGCUCUCUAAAAAGAAAUAGUGCAGUGUUAUGCAAAACAAAUCCAACUUCCUUUUCUUUUAGCUCUAUAAAGUUGCCCUACAAAAUUAAAUAUAAAGGGAAUUAUCUGCAUAUUGCUACUUUCUCUGAAUUCUCUCAUCACAUGGUUUCUUUAUUAACUUUUAGCUAUGCUGCUCCUAUAUAUGUCAAUAUUGAUUAUGUAGAGGGGAGUAAUGGGCAAAUGACCCCUGCAAGCAAGACUAAAGUUUGCAUCGGAAGAAUGCCUGUCAUGCUAAGGAGUUCUUGUUGUGUCCUGUAUGGAAAAGAUGAGGAUGAAUUGGCACGCCUUCGUGAAUGUCCACUUGAUCCAGGAGGAUAUUUUGUUGUCAAAGGCACUGAAAAGGUUAUUUUAAUUCAAGAGCAGCUUUCCAAGAACAGAAUACUUAUUGAUACUGACAGGAAGGGCUGUGUUCAAGCGUCUGUUACAUCCAGCACAGAGAAUAUAAAAAGUAAAACAAUCAUAAAAAUGGACAAAGAAAAGAUUUAUCUGGAGUUGAAUCAAUUCAAAAGCAAGGUUCCCAUAAUGAUUGUUUUGAAGGCCAUGGGUAUGGAAAGUGAUCAAGAAAUUGUGCAGAUGGUCGGAAGAGAUCCUCGUUAUGGCUCUCUGCUUUUGCCUUCAAUUGAGGAAUGUGCUGCCAAGAAUGUGUAUUGUCAACAACAAGCAUUGCAGUUCCUUGAUAGUGAUAAGUUUCUUAAACCUUUUGCAUACUCAACUGGUUCAUUUGAUAAGGGAGGAGGGCGUGCAUUGGAAAUUCUUAAAAAAACAUUUCUUGCAAACAUCCCAGUGCAUGCCAAUAAUUUCCGCAAAAAAUGCAUUUAUGUUGCGGUGAUGUUGAGACGCAUAAUGGAUGCAAUCCUAAACAAAGAUACAAUGGAUGACAAGGACUAUGUGGGGAACAAACGGCUAGAGCUCUCAGGGCAGCUAUUGUCCCUUCUGUUUGAGGAUUUGUUUAAGACCUUUAAUGCUGAGGUCAUAAAAACUGUUGAUUCGCACUUGGCAAAGCCUGCCCAAUCUUGCAACCUCAAUAUUCCUAAAAGUUUAAUGAGGGACAUCAUUACCAAAGGUCUGGAAAUAACUCUAUCCACAGGAAAUUGGGACGUAAAGAGAUUUAGAAUGCACCGCAAAGGCAUGACACAGGUCCUAACUCGGUUAUCAUACAUUGUAUCAUUGGGCUUCAUGACCAAGAUUCAACCCCAAUUUGAGAAGUCCAGAAAAGUUAGCGGGCCUAGAGCAUUGCAACCAAGUCAAUGGGGCAUGCUGUGUCCUUGUGAUACCCCGGAAGGUGAAUCAUGUGGAUUGGUGAAAAAUCUAGCUUUGAUGACUCAUGUUACAACAGAUGAAGAUGAGCGCCCAAUUGUAUCUCUGUGCUAUUGGUUGGGGGUUGAAGACCUAGAACUUCUUUCUGGGGAAGAGAUUCAUACACCAAUUUCUUUUUUGGUUGUAUUGAAUGGACUCAUUCUUGGCAAGCACAGGAAGCCGCAGCGGUUUGCCAGUGCCAUGAGAAAGCUACGAAGGGCUGGUCAAAUUGCUGAGUUUAUAAGCAUCUUUGUGAAUGAAAAGCAGUGCUGUGUGUACAUUGCUUCAGAUGGAGGCCGGGUCUGUCGUCCACUAGUAGUUGCUGACAGGGGCAUUCCAAGGAUCAAAGAGCAUCACAUGAAAGAAUUGAGGGAUGGUGUGCGCAACUUCAACAGCUUUUUGAGGGAGGGUUUGGUUGAGUAUCUUGAUGUAAAUGAGCAGAAUAAUGCGUUGAUUGCCCUGUAUGAUAAAGAAGCUACCCCGGACACAACACAUAUUGAAAUAGAGCCUUUCACGAUCUUAGGCGUUAUUGCUGGUUUGAUUCCUUAUCCUCAUCACAAUCAGUCACCAAGGAACACAUAUCAGUGUGCAAUGGGCAAGCAAGCGAUGGGCAAUAUUGCCUAUAAUCAGCUGUACAGGAUGGACUCGUUGAUAUACCUUUUGGUGUAUCCUCAGAGGCCCUUAUUGACAACUAGAACAAUUGAGCUGGUUGGAUAUGAUAAACUAGGUGCUGGACAGAAUGCAACUGUUGCUGUGAUGAGUUAUAGUGGAUAUGAUAUAGAGGAUGCAAUUGUAAUGAACAAGGCUUCUCUUGACCGUGGUUUUGGUCGAUGCAUUUUAAUGAAGAAAGUCAAUGCCAGUUACCAAAAGCACAGAGUCAAUGCCAGUUACCAAAAGCACAGUAUUGAUAUAUUUGAUAGGCAACUUAGACCACAUCGAAAUGGAUCUGAUGCUCAAGAGAUGCAGAUUCUUGACGAUGAUGGAUUAGCUUCUCCAGGAGAACUCAUUAAAGCCAAGGAUGUUUACAUGUACAAGGGAACCCCGCAUAUCACAAGAGGGUCAACAGUGCAGUCACCAAUGGCGCUUCCAGAGAGCGCAUACAAACAAGUGAAACUUUCGCUUGGUUACAACAAGUGUCCUGAAGGACAAAUAAGUGCUGUGGAUAGAGUUGCUCUGUUCUCUGACAAGGACAACAAUUUAUGCGUUAAUUUUAUGAUUCGUCACGCUCGAAGGCCGGAGCUUGGUGACAAGUUUAGUAGCAGACAUGGUCAAAAAGGAGUCUGUGGAAACAUAGUCGAGCAAGAAGAUUUCCCAUUUUCUGAACGUGGCAUAUGCCCUGAUCUAAUUAUGAAUCCUCAUGGAUUUCCAAGCCGAAUGACUGUUGGAAAGAUGAUAGAGCUUCUUGGAGGUAAAGCAGGAGUUUCUUGUGGUAGGUUCCAUUAUGGAAGUGCCUUUGGGGAAAGCAGUGGCCAUGCAGAUCGAGUUGAAACUAUAAGUGAAACCCUUGUGAAGCAUGGGUUUAGCUACAAUGGAAAGGACUUUAUAUAUUCAGGCAUUGAUGGCAUGCCAUUACAAGCAUAUAUCUUUAUGGGGCCAAUUUAUUACCAGAAGCUGAAGCACAUGGUCUUAGAUAAGAUUCAUGCUCGUGGUAUUGGCCCUCGAGCCUUGCUCACAAGACAACCUACUGAAGGAAGAAGUAGAAAUGGAGGUCUACGUGUUGGAGAAAUGGAAAGGGAUUGCUUAAUUGCAUAUGGAGCUAGUAUGUUAAUAUAUGAGCGCUUGAUGAUUUCAAGCGAUCCCUUUGAGGUUCAGGUUUGUGAGAAAUGUGGUUUAUUGGGAUAUUACAGCUACAAACUGAAAACUGGCGUUUGUUCAACAUGUAAGAAUGGGGAUAAUAUAUCUACCCUGAAGUUGCCAUAUGCAUGCAAGCUCCUCAUCCAGGAGCUUCAAUCGAUGAAUAUCGUUCCUCGCUUAAAGUUGGAAGAGGCUUGACUUUUUGGUAUUCACGUAUUUUGUGGAAAUAUGGCUCUUGUCGACACGCUUCAAAGACCACUGUCAAAUUCGUUGUAUAAUGUAUGUUUCUGCUUUUCUGUAAUCUGCGAGGCCAUUUCAUUCAAAUUUUGUUAGCUUGUUAUAGUUGAGAAUAAUAAGAGAUAGACAGGUAUACCUCCGUUAAAAUGUGACAGCAAGAACUUAUUGUUAGUUUUAUGUUAUUCCUUCAUUCAUAAGAGAUUCAAGUUUGGAUGUUUAGCCCUCUAUUUUGCAGGCCUUGAGCCACGAUUUGAUUAAUAAUAAUUAGAGUUUUUCCCGG